UGUCCGUACGCACCGGCAACCGACACUUGCCGGUCCAUCUAAUGUGCGAAAUCCACCACAGCCAACCUGUUCCCCAAGCUCCCCCCUUCACACUUCAAAUUUACCAAACAGUCCUCUCUCUCUCCUCUCGCUCUUUUUCUCUCUCUCUUCUUCGUUUUGUAAUAAAAGUACUCUUUGCUCACUCGCAAACAUCUCAAAUGAAAGAAUCUCAGCCGCUUUGCUUUUGAUUUUCAGCGCAAUCUCUCAUGGAGAACAAAUUAGAUGACCCAAAGAGAGAAAUUUCCGCAGCGAUGAACUCCACAUUUCCCGACGAGAUUCCGAUCACCAGCUUCGCCUUAUCCUCCUCGUCCGCCUCCUCCGGCAUCUUCGAUCACCACUUGCCGUCCUUUUUCGAUGCCGACAAGGCUGGCUCUUUCCUCGGAGGCGGCGGCGGCAGCAGCUUCAUGGACUUGCUCGGCAUCCAAGAUUUCAACCCCUCUUUAUUCGAUUUGCUUCAGCCGUCGGCACCCACGGCGCCGCCUCCCACGGCGGUUCCCGUCACCUCCCCUGCCUCCUCCACCCUCCCCGAGACCUCCUCUGAGGUGCUCAACGCGCCCGCGACGCCCAACUCCUCCUCGAUCUCCUCGUCCUCGACCGAAGCCGCCGCGAAUGACAAUGAACAGAGUAAUAAAUCCGCCGACGCGGCCCCUGCCGUGGCGGACGACGACGACCAUGAUCCCGACAAGACUAAGAAACAGUUGAAACCCAAAAAGAAAACACAGAAGAGACAGAGAGAACCCAGAUUCGCGUUCAUGACCAAAAGCGAAGUUGAUCAUCUCGACGACGGCUACCGAUGGAGGAAGUACGGCCAGAAAGCCGUGAAGAACAGCCCUUUCCCCAGGAGCUACUAUCGUUGCACCAGCGCGGCGUGCAACGUGAAGAAGCGGGUGGAGAGGUCCUCCGACGACUCGUCGGUGGUGGUGACGACGUACGAGGGGCAGCACACGCACCCGUGUCCCGUGACGCCUCGCGGGAUGAGCGCCAUGGGAAUUCCACCGGAGUCCCCCACGUUCGGCGGCGCCCCGCACUCGGUUUCCCCCUUCGUCGUGCCGCCGCCGCAGACUGCUACGCAUUACCACUACCAGCACCAGCACCAGCACCAGCAGGAGCAGACGUUUUUCCAUAGCUUCAGCCCCGCCGCUGCCGCCACCAAACCGCCGUCGGUUGCCGGUGCAUUCCUCCAAGACAGACGUUUCGGUACUGCCGCAGCCGCUACUAGUGGUGCUCCUGCUCCGCCAUCAGCGUCGGCGGUUUUGCUCAGAGACCGCGGGCUUCUGCAGGAUAUCGUGCAGAUGCAAACAGAGCCGAAAGAGGAGUAGAGAUGAAUCGGAAUGAAUGGGUGUAAUGGUAUGUAAUUUUCCUUACUGACUCGGAAGAUUUUGUUUUAGAGAAGAACCCGCUUCGAUCUCCUGCUGAUUACUAAAUUACAUAUGUAAAAUGAUAUCACUAGUCUCUUUAGCUUAUGAGGGAGAUCAGACCUCAGCUGGGUUUUUGCACUUUUGUUAGUUUUCUGUGUAAUUCUUUGUAUGUAGAGCUUAUUAAUUCAAUCAUGGAGGUUUUGGGUUUA